AUGUCGUUCUACAAACGAAAAGAUCCACCCACUUCCUCACCCGAUGACGCAAAGAAACCCAAGAAGAAUGGCAGCCUUACUUCCUUCUUUGGUCCUCCGAAAGCCUCUUCAGCAGGUGGACCGAACGCAGCGACGAACGAACCUCAACCCGCGAACUUCGACAAGGACAAAUGGGUCGCAAGUCUCACUGAUGAGCAGAAGAAGCUCCUCAAAUUGGAGAUCGAUACACUGGACCCGAGUUGGUUAGCAGUGUUGAAAGAGGAGAUUGUGACACCUAGCUUUCUGGAAUUGAAACGCUUCUUGCAGAAGGAAAUCAAUUCGAAGCAGAAGAUCUUUCCACCGCUAGAAGAUGUGUAUAGCUGGUCGCGGCAUUGUCCGCUCCACAAAGUCCGCGUUGUAAUCCUGGGCCAAGAUCCGUACCACGGUCACAACCAAGCGCAUGGUCUCUGUUUUUCCGUGCGACCACCCACCCCCGCGCCUCCCUCCCUGAAGAACAUCUACACUGCGAUCAAGAAUGAUUACCCCAGUUUCAAGCCUCCGCCCAAGAACGGCGGCCUACUAACUCCGUGGGCAGACCAAGGGGUCCUCAUGCUUAACACCUGCCUCACCGUACGCCAGGGCCUGGCCAAUUCGCAUGCUGGGCAUGGCUGGGAAAAGUUCACUCAGAAGGUCAUCGAUACCGUUGUCAAAUUGCGAACCCGCGGCGUGGUCUUCUUGGCCUGGGGCACGCCGGCGCAGAAGCGCUGUGAAAAGAUUACGGGAGCGCGCCACCUGGUGUUGAAAAGUGUCCAUCCAUCCCCACUCAGUGCGAGCCGGGGCUUCUACACGUGUGGGCAUUUCAGAAAGACCAAUGACUGGCUCGAGACACGCUACGGGAAGGAGGGGAUUAUAAAUUGGGACUUGAAUGCGCCGGAGCACCCCAUCGCGGCCCCAGGCGUGCAGGAACCGAUCAAGGCGACGGCAUCGCAGAAGGAAGAGCCCCAGAACGCUGGGCCGGCCACUGAAUUGCCCGAGAAGAGCAAUGGAAAGAAAAUAGUGCGGCAGGAAGAGUUUGAAGGCGAGGAUGAUGAGGAUGCCAUCGCGGCACUGGAGGAGAUUGCGGAAUCGGAAGCAAAGGCAAAUUUAAGGGACAAAGCUGAGGACAAGGACGAGGUCAAUGGCGAGGCUCAGAAGACAAGCACUUGA